UAAAACUGCAAAACAUAAAAUAUUCUUCAUAUGCAUAUAAAUUUCUCAAUAUUUGGGGCUAAAAUAGGGAUAAACAAUUUUCGAAAAGAUACUCUAUGGUUCCAAUUUAGAAUUAUUCCGAAUUUGAUGUAAAAUGGCGUCUUUUUGAGCAGUUCUCAGUUAUUGAUGAAUUCUUGAACGAAAACUACAAAGUUAUAAAAGCGCGCGUAUUAUUUAAUAUUAUUUGAUUGAAUGUGGGCAGUUUGCUGUGUUUAUUUAUUUUAUUCAUAUUCUCAUCAUGAGUGAGGAACCGAAUUUGAGUAUUAUUGUUUCUAAUAUUAUUAGCGAAAAUCCCUACAGUCAUUGUAGGUUAUGCUUAAAAGAUCUACCAGAUCACUACGUUCGUUUCGAUGACCAAGUCUCUUUGCAUCCUGAGGCAGGAACUUUUCAACCUUUAGAGGAAAUUUUGACCAAACUUCUAGGUGAAAAUAUUUGUGAUGAAAUUACUGGAAUUGACGCUGUUUGCCCGGACUGUGUCACGCACGCACUUUCAGCGGCCCUUUUUAUGGAGAAAUGCCAGAAAUCUGUGUAUGUCAUAAACCAAGUGUUUGAAAACCUCUCAAAAACUCUUAGUUUUGACAUUAAUAUUAAAGAUAGGAACAACACCUUGUAUUUAUUAUUUGAAGAUUUGGAAACAAAAGCUCUAGUGGUUCAAAAGGAUAGAAGAAAACAAAAUGUUAAUAGUAAAAAGCGUCCAUAUGAAUGCCUUCUAUGCCAUAUCUAUUUUGAUACUGUAUCAGAUUUAAAAGCCCAUAACCUUUCUCUACAUGAUAUUUUCACAUGCGAGACCUGCUUGGAAACAUUUGAAAAUGAUUCUGACUUAAUAAAUCAUGGAAGCAAUAAUCAUAAAUACAAAUGCCCAGAAUGCGCUCAGUACAGAAGUACGGAAGAGGGGCUGCAGUCCCACCAAAACAUGAUGCAUUCUAAGUAUGUCUGCAAGGAGUGUGGGAAAACCUGCCAAGGUUUAGACAAACUACAAAUUCAUGAAGAAAAACACAAAGUAAAAAAUGUAUGCCCUAAAUGUAGUAAAACAUAUACAACAAGAGAGUUUUACGAAAAACAUGUUAAGUUAUGUCUUGAGAACUUGAUCGACCCUCACCCAAUAAGGGGUAGUAUGGAAAAGUUAUUUACAUGUGAGAAAUGUGAUAAAGCUUACAGCACACCUGGUGGUCUCAGAGUUCACGAAAGAUUUGCUCAUGGCAAUGCAAAGCCUCACGUUUGUAAGGAGUGUGGGAAAAAAUUCACUGCACCAAGUUAUUUGAAGGUGCACAUGGUUAAACACACAGGGGAAAAGAAUUUCAAAUGUGACAUUUGUAAUAGCAAAUUUGUUUCUAAAGAAGCAUUGUUGUACCACACUAGACGUCACACUGGUGAGAAACCGUAUAGUUGCAAAAUUUGCAAUGAGCGAUUUGUGAACGCCUCUGCUAGAGCUGAGCAUAUAAAGUUCAAACAUGUAGGUCCAACAUUAAUGUGCGAGAUUUGUUCUCGGAAAUUUGUAACUACACAUUUCUUAAAGCAACAUAUAAGUAGACAUCACGAUCCUACUAGCAAAUUGUACUAUGGGAGAAAUAUGAUACCACCUAACUUGCCUGUUGAACAAAACAUGAGAAGAUUUAUUGUUGAAACUUAAUAAAUAUGUAUAAAACUUAACCUUGA